GGGGCGAGCAGGAGCGGGAAACGCGCUCGCGGGCGGGAGCGGGGCCAGGCCGCGCGGCGCCGCAGGUAGGGGCGGGGGGCGCGCGGCGGCCGUUAGCGGCGGUUGGGCCGUGAGGUGAGCGGAGCGGCGCCUCGCUGCGUUCUCUUCGAGCAGCCAUGAAGGUGAUCACGUGCGAAAUAGCGUGGCAUAACAAGGAGCCCGUGUACAGCUUGGACUUCCAGCGCGGAGCCGACGGGAAGAUCAACCGGCUGGCCUCGGCCGGCGUCGACACGGCCGUCCGCAUAUGGAAAGUGGAAAAAGGACCGGAUGGAAAAGCUAUUGUGGAAUUCUUGUCCAACCUCGCCCGCCAUACCAAAGCAGUAAAUGUUGUGCGCUUCUCUCCCAGCGGUGAGAUCCUAGCGUCUGGUGGAGAUGAUGCUGUUAUUUUGUUGUGGAAGCUGAAUGAUAGCAAAGAACUGGAACCACUAGCUUUUCAGGAUGAAGAUGAAGCACAGCUCAACAAGGAAAACUGGACAGUUGUUAAAACUUUAAGAGGCCACCUAGAAGACGUGUACGAUAUUUGUUGGACUUCUGAUGGAAAUUACAUGGCAUCUGCUUCUGUAGAUAACACAGCAAUAAUGUGGGAUGUCAAUAAAGGGCAGAAGGUUUCAAUAUUUAACGAACACAAGAGUUAUGUCCAAGGAAUAACCUGGGAUCCUCUAGGCCAGUACAUUGCAACUCUGAGUUGUGAUAGGGUCCUGCGAGUAUACAACACGCAAACCAGGCGUGUAGCAUUCAACGUUACCAAGAUGCCAUCUGGGUCGGGAGCUGAAGGAGAGGCUAGGAGCUAUCGGAUGUUUCAUGAUGACAGCAUGAAGUCAUUUUUCCGCAGACUCAGUUUUACUCCUGAUGGCUCCUUAUUACUCACUCCAGCUGGCUGUGUUGAAUCAGGAGAAAAUGUAACAAACACCACAUAUGUUUUCUCCAGAAACAAUCUUAAAAGGCCUAUGGGUCAUCUGCCCUGUCCUGGAAAGGCAACUCUUGCUGUUCGCUGCUGCCCAGUCUACUUUGAGUUGAGACGAGCACUUAAUAAAGAUGAAAUUAGUCAGAAAUCAUCUCCUGGUCUGUUGAAUUUGCCCUAUCGAUUGGUGUUUGCUGUUGCAUCAGAAGAUUCUGUGCUUUUUUAUGACACUGAGCAGUCUUUCCCCUUUGGCUAUGUUUCUAACAUACAUUAUCACACCCUCAGUGACAUUUCAUGGUCCAGUGAUGGAGCCUUUCUUGCAAUUUCUUCCACGGAUGGAUACUGUUCAUUUGUUACCUUUGAGAAAGAUGAACUGGGAAUACCACUGAAGGAGAAGCCUCAGAUAAAUGUCAAGGCUCCUGGUGCAACAGAGAAGAAAGUGAAGAAGAGUCAGUGUCACAAAGCCAUUUCCCCAGGCUCUAGGCUGACAGAGGGGACUCCUCCCAGCACUCCCACACUCCAACCUAAGACACUCGCAGGUGCCAGUAAGGACUUGCCUUCCACACCUGUUGGCGUAAAAAAUGUUCCAGUCUCAUCUUCAGACGAGAGGAAAAUGAGCCAGCCAGCCAGCCAGAGUACUAAAGUAAACCAGCCCAGGAGGAUUACUCUCAACACUUUACAAGCAUGGAGCAAGACUCCAAGGAGAAUAAACUUGAUAUCGCUGAAGCCAGAUACACCAACCUUGGCAUGUACAGAUACAGUUCCUUUACCUCCUUCCUCAGAACAGGAACAUGAGAGGCCACUACCAUCUGAUGACAGUCUUCAAAAUCCCCCAGCAUCUAAACGUCCUAGAACAGAGGAAAUGCCCCUUUCUACAUCUGCUGAAGAUCAAAUCAGCUGCAAAACAAACAAAUAACAGCUAAUCUUUUAGUAGACCCUUCAGUUUGAAGGUGAUGCAGCCAUAUCUGAGAGCACAUUUCUUUUUGCAAAUGUUAAAUCUUCAAUUCCUGAUUAAAGUACCAUAUGCACAUUUGACAUAGUGCUGUGAAGAAAGAAACUGGCAGUAGAAGACACAGGUUUCAGGAAUAAAAUUUCUACUGGCAGUAGAUGACACAGGUUUCGGGCUUUGCAGAAGAGGAAAUAGUUGUGAAGUGACUUCUAAGUGUAGUUCUACUUCUUGAAGACAACAUUAUUUAAGAAAUGUAGCAGCUAAAGGAAAUCAUGAAAAUCUGGUUAUUGAAAAGCUGUACAGUAACCUAAGAGUUUCCAUAAGAAGUCCUUAAGCUGACAUUUAUAAAGUAUUAUGUCUUCCAGCAACCUGUCUGGCAAAUGAGUAGAAUUUCUAAGGAAUUAAAUGAGUUCAUGAUGAUUGGAUGUGUCUUAAGAAAAAAAAAAAAAAGACAUAAAAAAACCCUGAAACUUUCAUUCAGGCAGCUUGGCUUAUACAUUGUAGCAAUGUGCAAAAUAAUUAACACUCUACAGUACAUGUGGAAUGGAAGCAGAUGUUCAAAUGCUCUGAAUGCAGCAGCAUGCAAUAUGACUGAAACAAAUCAGAACCUAGAACUGCAAGAAACAAGAAAGCAAAAGGAAGAAACCCUCUGAAGACCUGUUAAAAGCAUUAAACAGUGGAAGAAAGUUCGCAGUUAUUCAGCGCGUGUGUUUACGAAAAGGCAGACAUGAGAUUUUCCUGAGGCAGCAGGAUUUGAGUGUAUACAUUAAAAUUACAUGAAAAGGUUUCCCCUUUUCUUUUUUUCCAAAUCUAACUCAUUUGUCCAAUAAAAUAUAAUAUAAAUCCAGUGUAUAAUAAACUUUUUAAAGUUCA